ACGACGAAUAUGCUGAUAUGUUGCUGGCUUAUGGCAGUGCUAACUGCAAUUCAAACGAAGCGCAAAGACUUUACCAGCAGCGAUACACUGAUCGGCUGUUACCUCAACAAGGGACAAUCGCGACAACAUAUCGGCGACUGAGAGAGACUGAGAGCGUGAAUUUUCAAGAGCCUAGAUCUGGACGAAGGUGCCAGUACGAGAAGGCAGGAGUUCUGCAGAUUCAUUCUUCACACGGACGUAGACGACGGUAGCUUUUUGAAGAGGAUCUUGUGGACAGCAUGAUGGCUGCCCAGCACAUUACGUCCAACCCAUGCGACAGUAUUUGGACAAUGCGUUUCCAAACGCCUAGAUUGGUAGGGGUGGUCCUAUAUGUUGGCCACCACGGUCUCCAGACCUGACACCCUUGGACUUUUACGUCUGGGGCAGAGCGAAGCAAUUGGUGUAUGUGGCAGAGUCGCCCAACAGAGAGGUGCUAAUCCAAAGGAUUGAAGCUGCCUUUCGUCAGAUGAAGGAAGAGAUCCUGCUACACACAACAACCGUCGAAAUACAAACAAGAUAUCGAGCAUGUCACAGAAAUGAAGGCAGUCAUUUUGAAAAUACCUUAUGAUAUGUUAACAUCAAAUUAAAACGUGAAACAUUGAAAAAAUAAACUCUUUAUUCCUGAACCUAA